AUGGCUGUCACUUUGCACACCGAUCUGGGGGAUGUUAAAAUCGAAUUAUUUUGUGAACGCGCUCCUAAGACUUGUGAGAACUUUUUAGCGUUGUGUGCCAGUGGCUUUUACAAUGGCUGCAGCUUCCACAGGAACAUAAAAGGGUUCAUGGUGCAAACUGGAGACCCAACAGGUACUGGCAAAGGAGGAACCAGUAUAUGGGGACGCAAGUUUGAAGAUGAGUACAGUGAACAUUUGAAACACAAUGUCAGAGGAGUCGUAUCAAUGGCAAACAAUGGCCCCAACACAAAUGGUUCACAGUUUUUCUUCACAUACGCCAAACAACCCCAUCUGGAUAUGAAGUAUACUGUUUUUGGAAAGAUUAUUGAUGGUUUUGAAACGCUAGACGAGUUGGAGAAACUGCCUGUAAAUGAUAAGACUUUCAGACCACUAACAGAGACCCGCAUCAAAGACGUGACCGUUCAUGCCAACCCGUUUGCUGGGUAA